GGUCCCCAGCACGGCGCCAGCGGCCUCCGCCCGGCGCCCCAGCACUCGCGUGGAGUUUGUGCGAGCGCGUGGGAGCGCGGCCGGGGCGGGGCCCUCGCGGAGGAGGCUCUGGACAUGGUCACUCUCGGCUGAGUUUCCGGCGGCGACUUUGAUUAUUGGCGAAUAAUCAUCGUAACAACACCGAGCCCUCGGGCUUGCCACGCCACGCACAGACUCCGCGCCACCGCACACGGCCGCGUCACCCGCCACCCGGCCCCGAUCGCCAGCCCCUCACGAGCCGAUGGAAAAAUCCAAAAAUUUCCGCAUCGACGCGCUGCUGGCGGUGGACCCCCCGCGAGCGGCCUCGGCGCAGACCGCGCCGCUGGCCCUGGUCACCUCGCUCGCGGCCGCCGCUUCUGGCCCGGGCGGCGGCGGGGCGAGCAGCGGGGCGAGCGGCGGCUGCAGCCCCACGUCCUCGGAGCCGCCCGCGGCGCCGGCCGACCGCCUGCGAGCCGAGAGCCCGUCGCCGCCGCGCCUGCUGGCCGCGCACGGCGCGCUGCUGCCCAAGCCAGGGUUCCUGAGCGCGGGCGGCGCCGGCGGCGGGCCCGGGGCUCCGCACCACCACGCGCACCCAGGAGCCGCCGCCGCCGCUGCCGCCGCCGCCGCAGGGAGCCUGGCGCUGGGGCUGCACCCAGGGGGCGCGCAGGGCGGCGCGGGUCUCCCGGCGCAAGCGGCGCUCUACGGCCACCCGGUCUACGGCUACUCGGCAGCAGCGGCGGCGGCCGUCCUCGCCGGCCAGCACCCGGCGCUCUCCUACUCGUACCCGCAGGUGCAGGGCGCGCACCCCGCGCACCCCGUCGACCUCAAGCUGGGCGCCGGCACCUUCCAGCUGGACCAGUGGCUGCGCGCGUCCACCGCGGGCAUGAUCCUGCCCAAGAUGCCCGACUUCAACUCCCAGGCGCAGUCGAACCUGCUGGGGAAGUGCCGCCGUCCGCGCACGGCCUUCACCAGCCAGCAGCUGCUGGAGCUGGAGCACCAGUUCAAGCUCAACAAGUACCUGUCGCGGCCCAAGCGCUUCGAGGUGGCCACGUCGCUGAUGCUCACGGAGACCCAGGUGAAGAUCUGGUUCCAGAACCGGCGGAUGAAGUGGAAACGCAGCAAGAAGGCCAAAGAGCAGGCGGCGCAGGAGGCGGAGAAGCAGCGGGGCGGCGGGGCGGCGGGCAGAGGCGGCGCGGCGGCGGAGGACCCGGGCGACGAGGGGCCGCUGGGCCCGCCGGCGCCUGCGGACAAGGGCGGCGCGCGGCGCCUGCGGGACUUGAGGGACAGUGACCCCGAGGACGAGGAGGACGACGAGGACGAAGACCAUUUCCCCUACAGCAACGGCGCCGGCGCGCACGCCGCCUCCUCCGACUGCUCCUCCGGGGCCGACUCCCCGCCCCCCAGGCCCGGGCACCAGCCCCCGCCCCAGUAGGACCCGGGCCCGCGGCGACGGGGACGCAGGGAUGCCUGGACGCCGCGGCCUCGCGCCUUUCGCGGCCCCCACCGCCGGGCCCCCGGGUCCCGCUGCGCC